AUGGUGUAUCAAUUUGAGCCCCCUUACGCUGUAGAAGCAAAAGGUUAUGACAAGAAGGAUGGUGAAACAGCUGUAUAUCGUCACUUCAAAUUUGCAGACAAGCUUCUUGCACAUCCUCCCAAUAUCUUCACCAUGUGGCAAAUGUACCUUCAUGGUUAUCACCUCAGCACUGAUAAACCCUUUCUGGGCACUCGUAGAAAGGAGGAUGGCGUUUACAAAGAGUAUGAAUGGGAGACACAUCGUCAAGUAAGAAUUCAUAUCGAGAACUUUGGCAAAGGUCUUGUUGCCUUGGGUUUACAAAGACAAAGCUCUCUCGGUGUAUACAGUAUCAAUCGUCGUGAAUGGACUAUAUCAGAAAUCGCAUGCUACCGUGAAGCCUUUAUCAUUGUUGCAUUAUACGACACGCUGGGCCCUGAAGCCAUGGAGCACAUUAUCAACGAAACAGAGAUGGAGUACAUCAUUGCCAGUAAAGACAAAAUCCAAAAUAUCCUCGACAUCAAAGCCAGUAUUCCCAUGAUUAGACACAUCAUUUCCAUGGACCCAGAUGUUGAUGGCCAAACAAUGCAAAGAGCCAAGGAACUGGGAGUCGAUAUCCAUACAUUCAAGCAGGUAGAGAAUUUGGGAGUAGAUAUUACUGAAGAGUCUGAAAUGCCGUCCGUGGAAGAUGUCGCUACAAUCUGUUAUACAAGUGGUACUACUGGAGUUCCCAAGGGUGCUGUUCUCACACAAGCAAACUGUGUCGCUUCCACAUAUGCCGUGUCUCAUGUCAGCGAGAUUGGAUGCUUGGCCAAUGUGGAUGAGAAUGACCUUUACGUUUCAUAUCUUCCCAUGGCUCAUGUGUUUGAACGCGUGGCUCAAGGUUUUGUGCUCUUCAGGGGUUCUGCUAUCGGUUACUAUCAUGGUGAUACCACAGGCUUGAUGGACGAUAUCUACGAAUUGAAGCCUACCAUCUUUGUGUCUGUGCCUCGUUUGUUCAAUCGUAUCUAUGACAAGGUACUGGCAGGUGUUGCUGCCAAGGGUGGAAUCUCUAGUUACCUCUUCAACAAGGCGUAUGCUGCCAAGAAAGCAAACCUGAAUAACUCUGUACACCAUUGGAUAUAUGACAGACUUGUGUUUGCUCCUGUUCGCGAGAAGCUUGGUGGAAGAAUCCGUUUCAUUUUGAGUGGCUCUGCCCCUAUUGCCCCUGAAGUAUUGGAAUUCCUUAAAAUCUGUUUCUCUGCUGCCGUGCACGAAGGGUAUGGCCAAACCGAGAAUUACUGCAGUGGCGCAUUGACCAUCAUUGGCGAUAACACCACAGGCGUUGUUGGUGCUCCAUUCCCCUGCUCAGAAAUGAAACUUGUUGAUGUUCCUGACAUGAAAUAUCUAUCCACAGAUCUUCCCUAUCCGCGCGGUGAAAUUUGUAUCCGAGGCAACGGUGUUAUGAGGGAGUUCUACAAGAAUCCCGAGAAGACAGCAGAAGCCAUUGACUCUGAGGGAUGGCUGCAUACAGGCGAUAUCGGUAUGCUCGAUGAUGCAAAGCGUUUGGCCAUCAUUGAUCGUCUCAAGAACAUCUUCAAGCUUUCUCAAGGAGAAUACAUUGCACCUGAAAAGAUCGAGAGUAUAUAUCAAAAGAAUGAACUUGUGGCACAGGCAUUUGUCUACGGUGACUCUAUGCAAGCACAAUUGGUCGGCGUCUUUGUACCUGACAAGGUCACUCUACUGCGUUGGGCAGCAAAGAAGCCCGAGUUUGCAAACAUGUCAUUUGAAGAGCUUUGUGCCUCACCCGAGGUCAACAGUCAAGUUCUGAAAGAUAUUACCAAGUUUGGGAAGGAGAACAAUUUAAAGGGCUUUGAGCAAGUCAAGGCACUUUAUCUCUCCACCGACGAAUUCACUGUUGAAAAUGAACUGUUGACACCCACGUUCAAGCUGAAGCGUGAACUAGCCAAGAAUUUAUAUCAAGAUCAAAUCAGAGACAUGUACCAUAAACUAACAAAUGGCAGAUCUUUCAACUAA